UAGCAGGAAGCAUGCCGAGGUCAGGAUGGAAAGACCUCUCUGCAUGUUGUCAGCGCUGCUCUCCCUCCUUCGUGCCUCCUGACCGCUCCAAUCCUGUAGCCUCCAAGUAGGAAGCACAAGGAACAUAACAAAAUGUGAAAAAAGUAAAAGGGUGUGAAGACUUUCUAACUGCACUUUAAUGGGUUUCCGGCGAGUCUCUGGUCUGGAUAUAAUGGGCAUUUGGCUUCGCCAUUAUCGGAGUGACCGGUGGCUGUGCUGGUCACAUGGGGUGCGGCAGCUGUAAACCCUGCCAUGUCAUAUGAAGGCUCUGCUCAUUUCUUCAAACUAGAAGAGGAUAUCACCUGCUCCAUCUGCCUCCAGGAGCUCAGUGACCCGGUUUAUAUCACCUGCGAGCACACCCUGCAUCUCUUCCUACUGGGCCACCCCACAACCCCAAGGUCAUCGAUGUCCAGAAUGCAGGAAAGUCUGUCCUAGAGACCAGCUUAUACGUGCCUACAGCCUACAGCACUUGGUGUCCAAGGGUCAGCUGGUUCUCAAAGAAUAGAAGUCCAAAAUGGAUUUCACACGUCCCAUCCAGUUGGUCUCCACUGAUGCAACAUGCAAGAUGUGGUUGGAUGAAUCCGCUGUGGACAGAUGCUUUUUGGACAGUGAGAUCUCCGAUUACCCCCUGUGCCUCAUCUGUGUGAUCGGAGAGAAGAGAGGAGGAAAAUCCACCUUGCUGAAUUAUAUUCUGAGAGCUCUUCAUAGACUGGAGAAGGGUCAGCCGGUCAGCCUGGGGGAAGACGAUGAGGCCCUCAAGGGCUUUGAUUGGAGAUCUGGGACAAACAGUGUCACCAAAGGGAUAUGGAUUUGGGGUAGACCAUUCAUCCUGGAGAGGAACAGAGAGAAGAUGGCCGUGUUUGUUCUGGACACAGAGGGGUCACUGGACAUUGAGAGUGAUCGAGAGACCUGUAUCAAGCUGUCCGCCCUGUCCAUGCUCCUCAGCUCCUACCUGAUCUUCAACAUAAGCGGAAGCUUGAAAACCACAGAGCUGGAUCACCUCGAGAUGUAUCUCCACAUCUCAGAGCUGACCAGGGAAUCAUUUUCUCUUCAAUAUCUACAGCACUUGAAUAUUCUGGUUCGUGACUGGCAGGGCGACGACAACUGCGGACGAGAAGCUGCUAAAUCCUACAUGGAGCAAGAGACUGAGAAAUUAUGGAAAAGUGCAAAAAACCACCGUGUGCUGGAGACUCUGCGCAGUCCAUCCGCCAGCGGCUUCCUUCUGCCUCACCCAGGGAAAAAAUUCCUGAAAUCGAGUCAGGGGCAGCUUUCAGACAUGGAUGGCGACUUCAGGGAUCACCUGACAACGUACGUCUCAGACCUCGUGGUAGAAGUUUGGCUCCACCGUAAAACUAACGUCCACGGCGAGAGGAUCACAUGUGGUCAUUUGGGUCAAACUCUAAAGGAUUUUGUCGGCACUUUGCAGAGAGAACACUUCAACUUUGCUUCCCCAGUAGAGAUGUUCUACUCAUUUCAAAACCAUAAAAACACGACAAACACAGAAAAGAAAUUCCAGGAUUUCGUGGAAAAAGAGGCUUCGACCUCUUCUCCUUUGAAGAUCUUGGAAGUUAUGCCCUCUAAGAUGAGGGAGAAGGUCAGUGAGGAGGCAUCUCGUCUUCUGGUUGAGUAUGGGCAGAGUCUGAGAGGUAGCGAUCUGGCAGCAAAGCAGAAGCUCAGGGAAGAGAUGAAGGCGCUUUUAGACCAAGAAGUGGAAAAAUUCUGUGCGGACUACUUCGCUCGCUUUAAAAUGUGUGCGGUGGGGAUCGGGUGCGUGGUAGGUGGCGGGGUCCUCAGCUUUGCUGGAGGCAUUGUGGGAGCAGCUGUGGUUGGAGCAGGCCUGACUGCAGAGAGCGCGUUCUUACUGGGCAGUACGGCUGUCGGCAUAGUCACCAGGGCACUUGGAGGGUCUGAAACACUACAGGCCAUCGGAACUGAGGUCAUAGCCGGCGUAGGGAGGGCUAUAAGACAUAAAGAGAAGAAGAAAGAUCUGGGGAAACGGGCAAUAACGAUGGGGCAACAGAAGACACCCAACAGCUGAUGAAGAAGCCAAAGUGAACAAUCACUCCCAUCAUAGCAGCUGUAGGCACCAGAAACAACAGACAUGGCCCAGAGGUUCCGACUCUACUACAGGUUUUAUGGACCGUUGUGGCCCCGUCAUUUAUCUUACAUUGGACCCCAAUCUUUUAUGAUUUCCCUGGAUACAAUGGUCUGGUGUUCUUUUUUAUGUGGGGGCGCUCUACAGAUUUAUGUAUGCACUUAAUACAUUUAAGCCGGGCCAUGAGAUAACUCCACAAGAGGUAACAGAACAUUGGCUGGCGCUAGAGAUUCCCACCAAUGACGCCUCCGGGGGCAGCGGAGCGUGCAUCACAUGACCAUGCAGCUUCCAUUGACUUGGAUUCAGAGUAACUGUACUUGUGUGAUCACAUCUUAACCAAACGGGGGGCUGAUGACCUCGUUCUCAAGGCCGGGGGGUCCUCGGCUCCAAAAUAAGAGAUAUUUAUUAUAUCCACAUAUAUCAAAACCAUAAAAAAUAAACAAAUAAAAAGUAUGAAAAUAUAAAAUAUUAAAUGUUAAAAAACUUUGCACAUACGAUGUAGCGUCCACCUGGGUAGCCCGCUAGAAACAGUGGUAAGCUGUAAGGGGAGACAGGUAUGCACAACAUAAAACGUGAACAAAUGAGUAAUAUCCAGGAAGAUGUGCCUCUAACAUGUAUAACCUAUCUUCUAUAAUACAUGUCAAAGGAAAAAAAUGAAAAAAUGGGGAACAAUGUUCAAUCAUCAUUCGUAUCUUUCAGAAAUUCACUACAUCGUAUGUGCAGUUUUAUAACAUUUAAUAUUUUGUGUUUGCAUACUUAUAAUAUAUAAUAAAUAUCUCUUAUUUUGAUACUUAUUUGUCUUGGAUACGUUCCUGGGUGAUUAAGUGCCUGUUAUUAUAUUCAUUUUUCAUUUUCUGUACAGUAAAGUACUAGAUACAAAUAAAAUGAUGUAAUAUUGAAUCAAAAUUGCUUCACUCUAAUUACAGAU